UCUCUGUCUAGUCAGGGUCAUUUAAUAUCUCCAGCCAUCCCCAGCCAUGGCGGUGGCGGAUGUCCCCGGUCUCAUGGACAUUGCCAGUACCCUGGCCCAAGAUGAGAUCCCAUUCAAGCUACGAUGUGCCAUCUGCAAUAAGCUGGCAGUGAACGCAUUCCGUCUCCCCUGUUGUGACCAGUCCAUCUGCGAGACCUGCCAAGCUUCCCUUUCUGACACAUGUCCUGUCUGCACACAUACCCCCGUCUCUCCUGAUCUCUGCAAACCCAAUAAAGCUCUGCGGACCACUCUCAAGGCUUUCCUGCGCACCGAAGAAAAGAAGCGGGAAAAGGACCGCCAAUCUGCAGCGCCUCCAACACCAUCUACUAUCACGCCUGCGGAUACAAAAAUACCUGUCAAGGAUGCAGCGCCUGAUCAAAAUGGAGCUGAGCUAGGAAUAGCUGUGGAGACCAAGGCACCUGUAUCUCCGCAUCCUACGGAGCCUGCUGAGUCAAUGCCUCAAGAGCUGGGACUAGACACACCAGCCCCAGACACAGUUGGAGAGAGCAUUUCAGAGCCAAAUGCCCCAGGUUCGGCCGAUCAGCCAGCUCAGCCCGAGGCAACUGCCGAUCAACUCAACGGCACCGAAGCCGCCCUUGAGUCCAUGACUGAAGCUGCCGCAGUCAACGAAACCCCCUAA